GCCGCGCACGCGCACUCAGCCCCAGUGAAGUAAACGCAGAGCUCGGGGAGGAAAGCAGAGCAGAGCACAAGCGAGCUGCGAAUGAAGAAAAUGGCGAUCACGCAGGAUGUAUGCUUACCCUCGUAGAUGCUGCAAAACGCGUUGAAUUUCUUUAGCCUUACAGUCGGCUUUCCUUUCCACUCUGUUGCACUUUAUUCUUCAAAGAGAGAUUUGGAAUCGAAAGCUGUUGCCACCAAAGAAACUGAAGCAUCUUAACAGGGAACGCACCCACAGAGGGAAGAACAGUGGAUGGAAGAGAGGGAGCGAGAGAGUCGGAGAGACUGAAAAGAAAGGACUCCAGUAAGAAAGAGGCCUGGACAGAAGAGCCAGAGCAUACCUGGUCAAGACACAGACCUUAAUCAAAACCACACCCCCUCCUCCCCGCCCAUACGUACACACCCACACACACCUACACUGACACAAACACACACGCACACACACACACACAGUCCCCAGCAAUGCCAAGGUGGGCUGAUCAGCCUGCUGCCUGCUCUGACAAGCUCUGCCUCCUCGCCUCACACCCUUGAGGCUGUGCGUAACCAAGCUUUGACCACUGACCUCUCCUUCGACGUGCUGGGAACCAAGGGUCGCCUGUUCUCCACUGAAGUCGGGGGCGUCCCCCUGUCCAGCCAGGAGCUGCAGCCACCAGUGGCACUCACAGGCAUGGCUCCCAUUCGGGACUCCGUCAGCCAUUCCCCUAAUCAAACAGGUUUGGAGCAUCCUGGCUUGGAUUCGCAGUAUGAGCCCUCCCCCUGGUCCUCUGGCUCCCCGUGCAGCAGCGACGGCAACAGCAACUGGGGCAAAGUCCUAGUCGACGGGACUUCUGACAAAUCCAAUAACACUUGCUCGCCCAGCUCCUCCGUCUGGCCUCCCUCCUCCUCCUCAUUUUCCUGCUCCUCAUCUUCCUCUGGCUGCGGUUCCGGGUCCGAUCCAGAGCUGGCGUCAGAAUGCAUGGAUGCAGAUUCUAACUCUUCAGUGGGUUCAGAGAAGAACCUCGGCCUUGCUGCGACCACAGUGAUGAUGAUGUCAGCCAACACUUCUUCCUCCGUGUCCUCCACGGCUUCCUCCCCCUCCUCUCUGACAUCCGCCAUGAUGGUCGGUGUGAACGGAGACAGCAACAGCAACCUUUGUCCGGUCGGAGGCAUAGGAACCUUAAGCAACGCAAAUAACGAAAAUCUCACCGGACCCUCACACUACUCCAUGGCUGGGUCCAGCAGUAUUGGCAGCAAUAAUAUGAGUAACCACAACAACAAGCUCGUCGGCGGCAACGGCGUGUGGAGCUCCCAGCCAGGCGCCAACAUAAACGCCAUCGGCGGCAGCAACUCUUUUAUAAACGGAGGGCCCGACCCAAACAUUUUAAACCCAAAUGCCAACCACGGUGCCUGGCCACAGAAUCCAACCCCGAACCCGGUGUGCCAGGGCCAAAGGCCUUCCCAGGCUCAGGGGAUGACCUCCAAACUGGGCGUGGUGCAGGGGCCCCUACUGGGCUGGGGCGGCAUGGCAGCUCCAGACAGCAGCAGUAUGAUGGAAGACAGCGAGGUGAAUAAUGGUACAUCGAGCAGCAAGGUGUUAGGAGGCGUCAGCGGCGGAAACGGCGGUCUGCAGCCUACCAACCUUAACACUGAACCCAAUGGACCAAAUAACACUAUCAUGAUGAUGAAUACUACUACUACUACUAACACCACAAUGACCUCUAGUCCACCAGACUCUACCGCCUCACCCCUACUCAGCGGAGAUCGUUCCUGGGGCUCCAUUGGAGGAGGAAUCGGGGGGCCGCUGGCCAAUGGAAACCCUGCAUUAGCUCCCCAGCACCCACAAGGAGAACCAGGGGGUACUGGGGCUUUUGGUACCCCUUGGGGCGCAGCUACCUACCCCGUAGACAAAGCCCCCCUUAAUGUAGACACUGUGAACCCCCCGGUCUCCUCUACUGCUGCUUUUAAGAGUAAUAAUAACCACAAUAACACUGGGGCCCCACGGUGGGACCAAGGGCCCACCAGUACCCCGAACCAGCCUCAAAGUAACUUGUCCUGGAGCGUCGGCUCUAAUCAAACCCCAGGCUCUACAGGUCAAGCACCGGGAAGUGGAAACCAAACUACUAUGGGCCCUCAGGCGGGGAUUCCUCGGCCCUGGGGGAGCAGCGCGUCCUCUUCUUCGUCGUCGUCAUCGUCGUCUUCUUCCGCCUCCAAGAUGUCAAACGCGGACUGGGGUUCAGCAGCUACCGGCAGCAGCAGUUCAGACGCUGGCGUUCUAAAAGGAAAUACUGCCAACAAUGGGUGGAAAAGCCUAGAGGAUGAUGCCAUGGGCAUGGGAGGAGCUGGAGGCGGCGGCCAGGCUUUAGCCGGCGUCACCGGAGGCUGGGGCCGCUCCGGAGGAAGCGAAGGAAGUUGUGAAAGCUCCGGCGGUCGAUCCAGCUCAGACAGAGACGGCAACCAGUCUAAAGGAGGGAACCGCAGGAAAGGUAACCACACGGCGCCAAUAAUAUCAGCCUUAACCCGGGCCGACGUAGACCCGAGGGUUCUUUCCAACACUGGAUGGGGGCAAACGCCCGUACGGCAGAACACCGUUUGGGACGUCAACUCUCCUGCAAACAAUCAGGGUACUAAAGGGGAUGACAGAAAGCAAAGCAGCGGAGGGUCCGGCUGGGGCUCAGCAGCAGCAGCGGCACCGUCCUCCCAGAACGCCGGUUGGGGGGUUGGGCCGAGCAGCUCAGGCCCCAACAGCGGAGGCUCUGGCUGGGGCGAACAGAAACAAGCGUCAGGCUGGGACAGUAAAGGAGGAGGCGGCUGGGAGGACGGACCCACUUACAAGGGUGGGAACAGCAGUAACACGUGGAACAACAACAACGUGAAAGACGACAGGUCAAUGACAUGGACUAAUACACCCAAAGCGCAGCAGGGCUGGGGGUCCAACAGUGGUAACGGUAGUGAAGGAUGGGGCAGCAGCGCUGACGGCCCCAGGACAGGAGCCAGCAACCACUGGGGGGAACCUCAGAAGGGCGCCGGCUCAGCGGGCUGGGACAGCGACAGCGACCGGUCCGGCUCGGGAUGUUGGAGCGAGCCGAGCCGGACCACCACCAGCAGCAGCAGCAACACCUGGGUGGGCAGUGGAGGAUCGAAUACUCCUGAUCAGAGCACUCCGAACCCUGCCUCCAACUGGGGAGAGCCGGCCCACAAAGCCAACCCUCAAAGUAGCAGCCAAGGCUGGGGAGAGCCAGGGAAGAACAAGCAUGGAGCUCAGAGCUGGGGCGAAUCUAACACUAAAGCUUCCAAUGAAUGGGGUAAAGGCCCCGAGUCCAGCAUAUCCAGGGGAAACCAGGCGUCCAACAAAUCCCCAGGCUGGCUCGGAGGCCCGAUGCCUGCCGUGGGUCAGAAGGAGGAAGUUGCCACCGGCUGGGAGGAACCCUCUCCUGAGUCCAUCCGUCGCAGGAUGGAAAUUGACGACGGAACCGCAGCUUGGGGAGAUCCUGGUAAAUACGGCGGGGGCUCUGUGAAUAUGUGGAACAGGACGACCCAGUCAGAUCAGGAGGCCGUGGGCCCGUCCUCCCAGAAUAAGCCCCAUCCUGCACACGCCUCAGUGCAGCCUGUGCAGCAUCACAACCAGGACAAAACCUCUGGCUCAGGUUGGGGCGAGCCCUACUCCCAGCAGAAAGACUCUUCGUCCUGGGGGGAGCCGUCAGCCGGUCCACCUGUGACGGUGGACAAUGGGACGUCUGCCUGGGGGAAGCCCAUGGACACCAGCUCCGGCUGGGACGAGCCCAGCAAAGAUGUCAGAGAGUCUGGGCCCAGCUGGGCCAACCAGCAUAAGUCUGGUCCUAAGCCCAUGGAGACGUGGGGUGGUGACGUGUCCAUGGGCAACAGCUGGGAUCAGGAAGAGGAGGUAGAGAUCGGCAUCUGGAGCAACAACCAACAGGACAACAGGUCUCACGACCAGAACACCUGGAACUACAGGCAGAAAGGCCCCAACAAGAUGAACAAACCAGUGAACAAACAAGAUGAGCCUUGGAUGAAACCUUUCAUCGGCCAGUUCAACAACAUGUCCUUCCCUAGAGACUCUGACGACGGCAUGAAGCCAGGAGCAGGGAUGGGGACAGACAAACGUAUGGACAUGAGCAGCAUGGGAGACUACAACGGAGUCAUGGGCAAGAACCCAGUUUCCCGGCACCAGUUCCACAAGGACCCUGUCAUGGAGCGUUCUUACUUCGACAAGCUUUCUGCUUAUGAUAGCCCUGCUUCUGAUGAGCUCUCCUGCAGUCAAAGCAUGAGCCUUUCCCCUAGCAAUUCUGCUCAGCCUAUCCCCUGUUUCAACUCUGGGCCAUCCCCUUCCCACUCUAGUUCUGGGGCUGCUCCUCAGAAUGUAAACCCAAUGUUGGGUGGCAGCAGCGUAGCACAGGGCCGAGGAGGCCCCCAGUCCCAACCCCCACCUCAGCCCAACCUUCGCAACCAAGUGCCUCCAACCAUCCUGCCCGCUCAGGUCUCUCCAUCUCUGUUGAAGUACCCGGGAGCUAACGGUGGUCUGAACCCUCUGUUCGGUCAGCAGGUGGCUGUACUCAACCAGCUCAACCAGCUGUCGCAGCUCAACCAGAUCAACCAGUUACAGCGUCUUAUCCUUCAGCAUCAGCAACAGCAAAAGGUCCAGAACCAGAGAGUCAUGCCCGUGGGUCGUCCGGUCGAACAGACGCGUCCCAUUGGUUCGUCUCCGUCGAUGAUGCAGCCGCCACGGCACCUGGACCCCUCCCUGUUGAAGCCGGCCCCGCAGCUCAAACCGUACUCCGAUGGCUACUUGUCCCAAAACACCCCUGACCUGCAGAAGGAUGCUUCUCCUAUGGGAUCCUUCAGCAACUUCUCCUUUGGCUUGAACUCUAACCAGAAUGUAGGCCUGGACAUGGGUGGAGGUAGCGCUGACGGAGGACCUGUGAACUACAAAGAGCCGCCCCAGUCCAGACUGAAGAAACUUUGGGCUGCUGACCCCCUGGAGCAGAGCAGCAAACUCGGUGCUAUGUCGUCUGGACUCCGUCUGGACAACUCCCCCUUCUAUGAUUUCCUGUCUCCUGGCCCGUCUCCCCUGAGUCCUCCUGGUCAAUCAAUGGGCUCGGUGGGCGACGGCUGGCCACCCCGUGCCAACUCUCCCCCUCCCCAUGGAAAUACUGUCACUUGGCCCCCAGAGUUCCGGCCCGGGGAGCCUUGGAAAGGUUACCCCAACAUCGACCCUGAGACCGACCCCUAUGUGACGCCCGGUAGUGUCAUCAACAACCUUUCCAUCAACACCGUCCGUGACACAGACCUCCUCAGGGACAGGAACAAUGGGCCAUCCUCAUCACUGAACACCACGAUGCCUUCUAACAGUGCCUGGUCAUCCAUUCGUGCCUCCAGCCACAGCGGUUCCCUCACCAGUACAGCACAAAGCACUUCAGCUAGACCCAGUGAGUCAAAGUGGUCUCCUGGCGGCGGUUCUGUGUCCAACUCCUCGUUAGCCCACGAGCUUUGGAAGGUCCCCCUGUCUCCCAAGCCGCUGCCAGUAGCAGCCCCCUCCAGACCGCCUCCCGGCCUCACUAGCCAGAAGCCCAGCCCCGCCUCCUCUGGCUGGGAUGGCCCCGCCCUUAGGCUCGGGGGCUGGACCUCCACCGAGUCCAGAUACACGCCUGGCUCCAGUUGGGGUGAAAGCAGCAGCUCAGGGAGAACCCAAUGGCUUGUUCUGAAAAAUCUCACACCUCAGAUUGACGGCUCUACUCUGAGGACCCUGUGCAUGCAGCAUGGCCCUCUGAUCACAUUCCACCUCAACCUGCCACAUGGUAACGCCGUGGUUUGCUACAGCUCAAAGGACGAAGCCGCCAAGGCCCAGAAGAGCCUGCACAUGUGUGUUUUGGGGAACACUACUAUACUGGCCGAGUUCGCCAGCGAGGAGGAAAUUAGCCGCUUCUUUGCACAAGGGCAGUCAUUGGCCACUCCCUCCUCUGGCUGGCAGGCCAUUGGCUCUUCUCAAAGCAGAAUGGAUCAGGCCCACCCCUUUCCCAGCCACGCCUCUGAAGCCAACCAGUGGAAAAGCAGCGACCUGCACAGAUCCUCUCUCUGGGGCGGGCCCAACUAUUCCAGCAGUCUGUGGGGGAACCCCGGCGGCAGCGAGCCAGGCAGGAUCGGCAGCCCCUCUCCAAUCAGCUCCUUCCUCCCGGUGGAUCACCUGACGGGGGCCGGCGACUCCAUGUGAACUGCCCGGGAGAAGGGUCAGUAAGAAAAGUUGUCAAUAAUCAGCUGAAGAAAACAGUAGUUCUAAACGCAGCGGCACUAGUUGGACUCUUUCUCACUUACAAGAUAUUCAACAAAAUGGGGUCUCCCCUGUGGAAGACAAGUUACGUUUCUCUUUCUGCACAUAUGUCCACUUUGUUUUAGCCCAAAAACAUAUCAGUCGGAAUACUUGAAUCAUGCAGGCCAAUUCUAUAAUGUGAACGGUUGGAUAUUUGCUUCCAGGUAGUGCUCUUUCAGACCGAAAAAAAGCUUCAGUCAAGUUCAUUAUUAUUAUUAUUAUAUAUUUUUUUUGUUUCAUUCGUCAUGUUUAUUUGAAUUCCAAUUCUUUUAUUUUCAAACAUUAUUCAUUUUAUUUCAUUUUUUUUUUUUUCGUUUUCGCGUUUUGUUUGCUGACAAUGUUGGAGUAUGAGCUUUUUUUUUUUUUUUUUUUUUUAACUUUGCACUGAAUGUGGUUUUUUUCUCAGUAUAUAUAAUCUGCAAUAUAGAGGGAGCAGCCAGUUUUUUCCAGUGUAGCUGUUUACUCAUUGAGGUCCUUAUCGUACGUGUGUGCGCGCGCAUGAGUACUUUGUGUGUACGUGAUCGCAUUGUGAACGAGUAUGUGUGCGCUCCUCUCUGCCUUGGCACGCCUACCUUACCGCGUUGUUGUGGAGUUCAAGAUCAACAGAUAGUUAGCGAAUAAAACCUGACUUAGGGUGAUUAUCUGGUGAUACAUGAAAAAAAAAGAAAAAAAAAAGAAAAAGUGACAUUUAAAAAGUAUUGCACCGAUUUUUAUUUUAAAACUAAAGAAAGUUGAGCUCUGCAGUGCAAAGGACUGUAGCCGCAGCUGGGACUAGCAAGCCCCUCCCGCUCUAAGAAAGUGGGCGGGGCCUAUCUAGCAAGCCCUCCCGGUCGCCCCCUAGCGGGGCAGGGAGGGAACAGCACUUUCAGAAUAGGCUUUCAAUGUUUUUGGAGGUGCCACACUGCAACCUCUUGUUUACAAGACUUAGGAGGCAGAACGUGUGUCCAUUCUUCAUUUUAAAGAGAAGAUAAACUAAAAAAUAAAAAAAUAAAGAAAAAAAAUUUAAAAAGCUGAAAAAUGUAUAUAAAAACUAUAAAAAGAUAUAGAAAAAAGCAAAAAAAAAAAAAUACUCUUUGAGGAUGAAGACGAUGCGUUGUAACUCUGGGAAUUCGGAUCAGUGUUUUUGUUUUUUUUGUUUUCUUUUUGGCCAUGGCGUUGGUUAUUUAAACUAUUCCUCUUGUCUGCUAAAUAACCAGCAAUGGUUCUCAGGAAAUCAAGCCAGUUUCUCCUCGCCCCUUGUAGUUUAAUUUAAACAAAAACAACAAAAAAAAAACUACUACUCCUUGUAGGAAAGGAAAAUCCAACAUCUAGCACUGAAAACUUAUGUAAAGGUCUUUUUUUUUCCCCCCCUUUUUUUUUUAUUUCUCUGCCAAAUAACUGCUUUAAAGCUGGAGAAGCUCACACACUGCUUUCAAUAUGCUGUCUUUUUUUUUUUUUUUUUUAUGGAGGGGGAGCGUUCCCGGUAAAGGGAGUGGGGUGGACGGAGGAGGGACUGUAAAUCAUCCCAGCGCUCCCUCCCUCCCUCCCUCCUCUCUCUCUCUCCUCCUCCACUCCAUCGUUGAAAAAAACUUUGGGGGCUGUUUUAAAUGUGAGUGUAAAAUGUUCUGUCUCGUCACUAAUGAAAACCAAGAGAAAAGGCGAAAUCUGUAUCUAUGCAUACUGUAGCCUCUCGCAUUCACAAGGCCUGCCGAGAGGUUUUAUUUUUCUUUAUUUUCUUUAUUUUGUUCCCUGUCUCUCAAAAAUGUUUGAAAUGUUUCAUUAAGUACGACUACAUACUCUUUUUUUUUUUUUUUUGUGUGUGUUUUUUGCUUUUAAUCAUUGCCACAAAUGGUGUUUAAAAAAGAGAAAAGAGGAAAAAAAAACAAAAAAAAAAACGAAGAAAAACGUAAAAGUUUUGGUUGAAGAUGUUUUAACAGUGCAAAAGUCGUCCACAUUUCAUUGCCUUGAUCCUAAAUGUGUCCGAAGAUGCAACAACAAGUCAAGUGGCUUCUACCUGUUUACAAAUGGAAUAUGAUUGUAUUGUUGUACUGUUUUCAGUUUUAUUUUGUUUUUGGUUGGUUUUCUCUUCCCCUCCUUUGGGUCAGGGAAGGGCGGGGUACUCAUCUGAAGUUUCUGACGUCAUGAAUAUGUGUGUGUGAGUGUGUGUGUGAGAGAGAAAGAAAGAGAACAGUGUGAAUGUAAAUGUGAUUUAAAAAAAAAAAUACUUGCGUGAAUAUUAAAUUUACCUAUUAAACCAGUGAUUGUUGAGUUACUAUGAUGCACAAUUUUAGCGCGACAAGGCGAAAGCUUCAGAGCACGUUGGGCGAGAGAUCAGCAUUAGCGAAGCCAUGGACCUUAAUUUCCUUUUUUUUCUCGUGUUCUUUAUUUUAUUUUUAUUUUUUCCCUUCCUCCCACUGUGCUCAGCUUGUUAUGCGUUCGUGUUUAUCCCCCUUACCCCCACCCCCCAGACACCAAUAUAGGGUUGUUAUUUCAGAAGUACUACAAGCAUUGGCUUUAGUUUCACCGUGAAUAUAUUAUACAUAAAACGACUUUAAGGCGUAUGUAGUGAAUAAACCUUGAGUAUUAGCCAGACUUGACGGUGGUGUGUGCCAGUAUUGAAAGCUCUCUACCAAAUAAUUCAAUCAUACAAAAGAUUAGUUUACUUAAUUCCACAUCUCUGUGCUUAAACUAUAUAUAUAUAUAAAUAUCUAUACAUUUGUGUUUUUUAGUUUUAUUCUUGUUGAAGUUAUCAAAUGGAACAUCUGAACUGUGUUUUUUUUGUUUUGUUUUUUGAGUUAACUUGAGUUGACAGAUUGAACUGAGGAGCCUUGGAUUUUGCACUUGGGCGAAUCGGAGGAAAGACCAGGGUCGGGUGUCAGGCGGGCGGCGAGGAUUUAGUGUGGUGUUUUCAGUUAGUCUAGCAACAGGGUAACUAGUGUGUGUGUGUGUGUGUGUGUGUGUGUGUGUGUGUGAGCUGCGACUAAAGUCUAUGGUGCUUAGUUUUUCCUCGCCAGAUUGUAGCUGAAAAGGCUUAGCAGAGCUCUGAUCGGACUCCUCUGGCCCACUCAGCAUCUUCAGCCAUGUCGCCACUGCUGCUGCUGCUGCUGCUGAUUGGUUGGUUUAGGGAGGGCGGGGGUGAAGGAGCAGGGGAUGUUCUGACCGUACCUGGUGAUUAUGGCCGUAGAUGCCCGUGACUGAAAGUAGGUUUCCUCUCUUUUUUUUAGCCCCCUUAGCCAAGAGGACGUGACUUGUAAGGCUUUUCAGGGACACGGGGUCGCGCUUGCUUCCUCGCCGGCUCAUCUUGAAUCGACUCUCCCGAACCCUAAGCUCAUUUACAGGAGGGGAGAUCCAAAAAAACUGACAGGAGAACACGGAGCAAGUCGACCCCAAUCUGUCCAUUUUUUUUUUUUUUUUUUUACCUUUCCGCUCGUUCAAAAUACCUUUUUUUUGUUCAUCCUGAUUUUUUUUUUUUUUUUUAGCAAUGCACAUUUUCCGGCGCUGAUUUCGGAGCAGUUCUGUCCUUCCUUGCUAUCCUUACAUUAGUGGGACGAGAACUGAUCUCCGUGCAGUCCAGGGGGCUGCGCUGUUGGAGAAGGGACAAGCGACGUCUGUAAAACGCCUCUCAGUAGUAACGCUGUUUUUGUUUCCAGCAGAAUCGUGUUAAGUUUUGUCUUGUUGAAUCCACUGUUGGUGUGUGUGAAGACGCGUGUGUGUGUGUUUGUGUUUGUGAGUGAAAUUAUCAUGCCAAAUCGAGGAGGGGGGGGGAGGUGUUAGGGAAGGAAAGGGAUCGACUUUUAGGUUUUAUUUGUUUUUCUGUUAAAGCUGUACGUGUGCAUAUGUGUAUUUAAAAAGCUGGACAAUUAAAUGCUUGAAGAAAAAAAAUACAUUUGCUAAAGGAUGAUGAUAUGAGGAAAACCACCAUGAGCAAUGUACAAUCCCCAAAGCUGCCAAGCAGCUUCAUGACAGGGCCAGAAGAGGUGAGGGAAGAAGGAAAGAGGAGGGAGGGUCGCUGGUGAUUACUCUACUACUUUUUAAAUAUUUAAAGUACAAAUAAUGUGACUCGUUCGUUGUGUUUCUCUUAACUAUCCUGUGACUAAAUGCUAUAUUAUACCAUAACACACCCAACGGCUCCUACAGUCGAUCAAAAAGUGCUAAGGCUAUUAUAAUUUUUUAUUUUUUUUUGUUGACAAGAAAAGAAAAAGGAAAAGAAAAAAAAAAAAGCGAAACAAAAACUGUGAGAAUCUGCUGUCCUUGUUUUACACUUGGUAUGACCACACAUGUACAAACCCUGAAAAGCUUUAGUCUAACCAGCACAAAGAUGUGGGGGCGGGUGGGUUUCCGGGGCGGGUGUUGCUCAGAGAGACUAUGCAGUGGAGUGUUGAACCCAGGCUUCCAUGUCCACCUUGGGUUUUCUUUAAAUUAUAAAAAAAAUAAAAUAAAAAUAAUAAAAAAAUAAAUAAAAUUACAAAAAUUGCUAACCCUUUGUAGAAACGCAGCUGAGAUGGGAUUCCCAAUAAUGUUCCUCAACACGUGCCAUCUUUGAAUUGUACUUCUUGUACUGCUUCUAAUAAUCUUAAAAAAAAAAAAAACUAAACAAAAAAAAACAACAACUUAUCAACCUGAUAAACCUUUAUGACCUAGCAGGCGUCGGGCCAGGUGUAGCAGGAGAGGACAGGUGAAGAUUUGCAGAGUCCAUUUAUUUUCCCAGCUCGGCCGGUGAAACUGCAAAUUUUACACGACUACAAUGUUUUUUAUAGAGAUUCUAUCAAUCCACAGUGUGUAGUUGGAUCACCUUUUAAACCUAUUAUGCACAUUGCUUUGGGGGAGACUGUUGAAACUAUAUAUAUAUAUAUAUAAUAUAUGAGAAUAUAAGCGUACAGUGUCUAUAAUCAUCGAGAGGACGCCGUCCUUUCCAACAAACAGAACAGGAAGUACCUUUUUUUUUUUUCAUCUUCCAAAUGUCUUCCUCGGCUCAUCAAAGGAUUUUAUCUUAACUUCAGUGGAAUCUGCACUUUUUGAAGGACAAUCUUUAUUUGUAUGGGUAUAAAUUGACAAAAAAAAAGAAACGAAGUCGCCUGAUAUUACGUGGUAUAGAAAACCAACUCCAGUGUGCUCUAAUAAUGAAUGUCUCCUCUGAUGCUGUCUAUAUGUUUGGGUUCAUUUAAUCUUAUCCUUUCUUUCUUGCUUGGUUUGUUCUGUAUUUUUAUUUUAUUUUUUUCUCCUUUUUAAUUUUCUGGAUUUUAGUGCUCUUAUGAGAAUCUGUAUUAAGGUGUAGAGUAGUAGUUAGUAGGUCUUCUGUUGGCUGUACUCGUAUACUGAUUACUGUUUGUAACCCUCUGGCUCCUGCAGCCAGCAUACAAAGCUGUAUAACUUGGGUACAACCCUCAAUAAAAGACUAACAGUGACAAAAA